UUUUUUUUUGCCCUUCCCCUCCCCGCCUCAUUCUUCUUUCCCACACUACAUCUUUUUCAUCUCUCCCACUUCACCUCUACUUUUAACUACACUUCUAGAUCCGGACUCAAGUCGUGGUUCUAGUUUUUUUGAUACUUUUUUAUCGUUACUUUACGCUCACUGUCCGAUCACAGCCUGUAGCCUGUGAUCUUUUUAUCUACUCUCGCAAAUAUGGCUGACAAGGGUUUGGAGGAUGUCCCCGAGGGACAGAUCGAGUCCAACUACGAUGAGGUCACCGACUCCUUCGAUUCUAUGGACUUGAAGUCCGAGCUGCUUCGCGGUGUCUACGCCUACGGUUUCGAGCGUCCCUCCGCUAUCCAGCAGCGUGCCAUCAAGCCCAUCAUCAACGGCUCCGAUGUCAUCGCUCAGGCCCAGUCCGGUACUGGCAAGACCGCCACCUUCUCCAUUGCCGCUCUGCAGAAGCUGGACGCCAGCCUGAACGCCACUCAGGCCCUGAUCGUCGCUCCCACCCGUGAGUUGGCUCAGCAGAUCCAGAAGGUCGUCAUCGCCAUCGGCGACUUCAUGAACAUCAAGUGCCACGCCUGUAUCGGUGGUACCGCCGUCCGUGAUGACAUGAACGCCCUCCGUGACGGCCCCCAGGUCGUCGUCGGUACCCCCGGCCGUGUCCACGACAUGAUCCAGCGCCGUGUCCUGCGCACCGAUCAGAUGAAGAUGUUCAUCCUCGACGAGGCUGAUGAAAUGCUGUCGCGUGGUUUCACCGAGCAAAUCUACGACAUCUUCCAGCUGCUUCCCCAGUCCACCCAGGUCGUUCUGCUGUCCGCCACCAUGCCCCAGGACGUCCUGGAGGUCACCACCAAGUUCAUGCGCGACCCCAUCCGUAUCCUGGUCAAGAAGCAGGAACUCACCCUGGAAGGUAUCAAGCAGUUCUACAUCGCCGUCGAGAAGGAGGACUGGAAGCUUGACACCCUGUCCGAUCUCUACGAGACCGUCACCAUCACCCAGGCCGUCAUCUUCUGCAACACCCGCCGCAAGGUCGACUGGCUCACCGACAAGCUGACUGCCCGUGACUUCACCGUCUCCGCCAUGCACGGUGAUAUGGAGCAGUCCCAGCGUGACGUGAUCAUGAAGGAGUUCCGCUCCGGUUCUUCCCGUGUCCUGAUCGCCACCGAUCUGCUGGCCCGUGGUAUCGAUGUCCAGCAGGUCUCCCUGGUCAUCAACUACGAUCUGCCCGCCAACCGUGAGAACUACAUUCACCGUAUCGGUCGUGGUGGUCGUUUCGGUCGUAAGGGUGUCGCCAUCAACUUCGUCACCGCUGACGACGUCCGCAUGAUGCGUGAGAUCGAGCAGUUCUACAGCACCCAGAUCGAGGAGAUGCCCAUGAACGUUGCUGACCUCAUCUAAACUUUUUGAGUCACCUUAUGUCUCGAUGCGGAUUACGAUUGCAGUUGCCAAUGAUCCAAGGGUAAGCUGCGGUGGACACGGCGUUAGAACAUCGUUUUGCUUCUCUUGGCCGAGAAUUUACCAAAAGUAGUGGCUUUCUGUAUCUCCAGCAUUUACCGGCGGCUCUCAGGGCGAGCUCUGGUUGCUGCUGUUCAUGGUUUCCUUUGUCUUUAUUUUUAUCACUUAUGGAGAUGCGACAUGCCUGUUCGACUUAUUUGCUGUAAUUCAUGAUUUUUGAAAUCACGUUUUCUUUUUCCUUUUUCUCUUUAUCUGUUUUUGUCCAUUUUCUAUCUUUUUUUUUCUUUGCGAUCUCCCUCUUGCUCCGGUUGGUUAAUGAUGUCGCUUCAUGCAAUCCGGAGGCAGAGCGCGAAGAACAAAACCGAGUGAUCCUGCAUCAUGGAUGCGAUGGCAGCACUUGGAGGAGGUUCUGUGUGACGUGGCUGUAUAGCUAUAGACUGAAGGCAAUACAUUUACGAA